GUCGUAUCCGUUUCGCACAAAAUCAGGCGGCUAAUACCUGCCUUGCUCCAUAAUUACCUAAAUUAUGCAAAGCCAGAGUAUAUAAAUCUGAAAGAACCAUCCACAGGUAGUGGAGAGAAAGACGGGGAACGGAUGGUGCAUCGUUUUCAAGAUAUUUAAAAGAAAAAAAUUUCGAAGUAACCGUUCGCUACAGACAGAAACAUGAAAACAUAUACAAAAUCAACUGUUAUAAUUCUAGUGACAGUGCCACUCUUUGCUAGUGUUAUCUGUGGAUUCGGUGUACCAGAAUUUAUUGGGAAGCGCGCUGGAUUAAAACUACACAAUCUCAGACAGCAACCACCAGACAAUUACCAGGUUUUUAGGAGAAAGUAUUCAUCGUGGAUGCCAGAAUUUAUUGGGAAACGGUCAGGCGAUGCUCCCUCUUCCUUAGACCGAUUACAAGCGUUCAAAGACAGGAUGGCGGUGUCGCAGCUGGAGGGGAGCCAAUUCCCUUCACCCGCCGAAUGGUUCCUCAGAAAAUACGUUAUAAUGCCACGCGAGCAAGCACAGGCAUUCUAUAACCAAGAAGAUAAUAUGGACAAUACUGAUAACAGGUGGCAGAGUUACUGAUAGAAGUUCAUCUUUGAGAUAUGUUGGAUGAGGAGAAGACAAUCGGAAGAUGGAAAUUCGACACUUUCAGGAUUUCAGGAUUCACAGCAAUCAAGUUCGCACUGAAUGCAAAAUGAUUAUAUGAUUUGAACUUCUGUCUCUAGCAAAUUCAUUUAGUGAAGUAAAGAAAAUUAGACUUUCGGAAAUAAUGAAAUAAAGACAUUUGCACAUGGGUUUUGAUAGCUUUUUCACUUACACACUUCUUUAAGAUCGUUAAGAACAGGAAAGCUUAAUGACAGAAUGCAUGCCAUUUCCUACACCACACCAGCAAGAGUGGAAUUAUAGUUGUACUUUUUGUUUUCUAUUUUAUCAAAUGGGAAAAUGAGCACCCCAUACAUCUUAUAUUUUUCACUAUAGGCCUACUUGCUAACUGGCAUGCGCUAGGACUAAACCAACGUGAAGAGGAAAUAUUUUGAAAAAUGUGCUGUCUCGCCAAGCAGAUUAUAUAUGGUAGUUUUGUGAAUGAACAUAUAUUAUAUAUAUAGUUGAGGCAUAGCUAGAGACUGAAAAUUAUUUAUUUUGAAAACAAAAGAAGCAUUAAAGCAGUAUAUUUUAUGAACAUAUAAAUUGUUUCCCUGAAAUGAGAUCGUGACAAGCAUGUCGGCUCCUUGGCGUAUCGUCCAUUAUUUGGAAUAAACUUGGAAAACUUUCCAUUUAUUCCUUU